AUGGUUACUGUUAUUGAAGUAAUCAGUAAUUGUAAUAAAAAUCUAUAUCCGAACGUUUAUAAACUACUGACAAUUCUUUUAACGUUACCCGUGACAUCUUGUGAAGUUGAGAGGUUAUUUUCAACUUUAAAAAGAAUCAAAACAUACCUCAGAAACUCAAUAGCAGACAAUAAUAGACUAAAUGGAUUAGUAGCAUUGAAUAUUCACCGGGAAAUUAAAGUUGGUAUAGAUGACGUCAUAAAAGAGUUAACUCAGAGAAAAAGACGAUUAGAUUUUGUAAUUUAA